UUAGACAAAGGCCAAAAGCAGUCACAUGCGGUGCGAAAUGGGGAGGACAAAAAAACUUAUCUGGGUCCGACCUUCACAUGACUGAUCUAUGAUCAAGCAGCAGUAGUUUUCUUGUAUUCUCCUUUCCCUUUCUCAAACUAACAGGAAUACAGGAGUGCAUGAUCUCUGAGCAAAUGAAGUUGAUUUGUAAGAAAUUGACAUGAAAUUAGACGAAAAUUCCGUACUUAAAUUUAUAAUUCUGUUCUUAAAAACACACUUUAUCUUGCUCCAGUCGCCUAUCUUCCAUCCACGACUGUUGCUCCCAUUGUCUGCUCGGCUGGUGCCAUAAAUCAUCUGUGCUCUUUCAUUGAGGAUUCACCUGUUCGAUUCCUUACUUGCUUAGAUCAAUUUAAAUGGGGGCGGCGCCAAUCACUUUUGUAAUAUUUAUGGUAUCUUCUCUUCUAAUUGUUGCCAAGGGAGAGAUAUACAUAGUAACUGUUGAAGGACAGCCUGUAAUAAGUUACACAGGCGGGAUUGAUGGUUUUGCAGCCACUGCUGUGGAAUCAGAUGAGGAGAUUGAUGUCACCAGCGAGUUAGUUACUUCGUACCAGCACCACCUUGAGCAGAAACAUGAUAUGCUUCUUGGAACACUGUUUGACCGUGGGACUUAUCAGAAGCUCUACAGUUAUAAACACCUACUCAAUGGGUUUUCAGUUCAUAUUUCUCCUGCACAGGCAGAAGCACUUAGACAUGCCCCAGGUGUGAAGUCUGUUCACCAAGAUUGGAAGGUCAGGAGACUAACCACACACACCCCUCAAUUUUUGGGGCUUCCAACUGGAGUAUGGCCUACUGGAGGUGGUUUUGAUAAGGCAGGAGAGGACAUUGUGAUAGGAUUUGUGGAUUCUGGAAUAUUCCCCCGUCAUCCAAGCUUUGGAAGUCACAAUACUGAGCCAUUCGGCCCUCUUCCAAAGUACAGAGGAAAAUGUGAAGUUGAUCCCAAUACAAAAAAGGAGUUCUGUAAUGGAAAAAUCAUCGGAGCCCAACAUUUUGCUAAAGCUGCAAUAGCAGCUGGUGUAUUUAAUCCAAUAGUUGAUUUUGCUUCUCCAUUAGAUGGAGAUGGACAUGGAAGUCACACUGCUGCUAUUGCUGCUGGGAAUAAUGGAAUUCCUGUGAGAAUGCAUGGCUAUGAAGUUGGCAAAGCAAGUGGGAUGGCUCCUCGUGCCAGGAUUGCCGUGUACAAGGCACUCUACAGGCUUUUCGGGGGGUUUGUCUCAGAUGUAGUAGCCGCCAUUGAGCAGGCUGUUCAUGAUGGUGUUGACAUACUCAACCUCUCUGUGGGUCCAAAUGGUCCUCCAGCUACCACAAAGACCACCUUUUUAAAUCCUUUUGACGCUGUACUUCUUUCAGCUGUUAAGGCUGGAGUUUUUGUUGCUCAGGCAGCUGGGAAUGGAGGACCUUUUUCCAAAACAGUGUUGUCUUAUAGUCCGUGGAUAACAUCUGUAGCUGCUGCAGUAGAUGAUCGUAGGUAUAAAAAUCACCUGACCCUGGGAAAUAAGAAGAUGAUUCCUGGAAUAUGUUUGUCACCUGCUACUCAUGCCGGUAGAACAUUCACCUUGGUUGCAGCAAAUGACGUUCUCUUGGAUCCUUCAGUAGUCAAGUAUAGCCCUUCAGAUUGCCAGAAGCCAGAAUUGUUAAACAAGAACAUGGUGGAGGGUAACAUUCUUCUUUGCGGUUAUUCCUUUAAUUUUGUUGUCGGUACCGCGUCAAUUAAGAAGGUCUCAGAAACUGCCAAGAGUCUCGGUGCGAUUGGAUUUGUUCUUGCUGUAGAAAAUGCUUCUCCAGGAACAAAGUAUGAUCCAGUUCCUGUUGGUGUUCCAGGGAUACUUAUUACAGACGUUGGCAAGUCAACGGAGCUUAUAGAUUACUAUAAUAUCUCUACCACAAGAGAUUGGACUGGACGGGUGAGGAGUUUCAAAGCAAUAGGUAGCAUAGGAGAUGGCUUGAGGCCCAUACUCCACAAAUCAGCACCACAAGUAGCAUUGUUCUCAGGUCGAGGACCCAAUAUAAAAGAUUAUAGCUUUCAAGAAGCAGAUCUUCUCAAACCGGAUAUUCUAGCUCCCGGCUCUUUAAUUUGGGCUGCUUGGUCACCAAAUGGGACAGACGAAGCAAAUUAUAUUGGUGCAGGAUUUGCAAUGAUAUCUGGGACUAGCAUGGCUGCACCACAUAUAGCAGGGAUUGCAGCUCUGGUGAAGCAGAAGCACUUCCAAUGGAGUCCUGCAGCAAUCAAAUCUGCCUUGAUGACAACAUCAACUAUACUUGACCGGGCAAUGAGGCCUCUUCAAGCCCAACAGUACUCUGGAUCUGAAACUGUGUCACUAGUCCCGGCUACACCUUUUGAUUAUGGAAGCGGCCAUGUAAAUCCUAGAGCUGCUUUAGAUCCCGGACUCAUAUUUGAUGCUGGUUACCAGGAUUAUCUGGGGUUCUUGUGCACAACACCUGGAAUUGAUUCCCGUGAGAUACGAAACUCCACAAAUUCACCAUGCAACUACACAAUUGGGCACCCAUCUAAUUUAAACUCUCCCUCUAUCACGAUUUCUCAUCUAGUGAAAACUCGUACCGUCACACGUACGGUCACAAACGUUGCAAAGAAAGAAACCUAUGUGAUAACCGCCAGAAUGGCACCAGCCAUGAGUAUUCAUACUAACCCUUCUGCUAUAACUCUUAAGCCUGGUGCGUCUAGGAAAUUUUCUGUCACUCUCACAGUUAGGUCGGUGACAGGAGCCUACAGCUUUGGAGAGGUCUUGUUGAAAGGAAGCAGGGGGCAUAAGGUCAGGAUCCCUGUAGUAGCUAUGGGUUAUGACAGGUAAUUUUGAGGUGGUUGUGAAAUUCUUUGUAAUAAUAUGUUGCAAUAAACAGUAAUGUAUUUAUGGAAACGAUACGAUACGAUGCAACUUAUAUGUGAAGAUGUAAAAAAUUUGGGGGUGGGGGUGGGCAAGUUCUGUUUUAUGCUGCCUGUAUUGCAUUGUACAAGUCCCCAUUACAAAAUUCUUAAAAAGUAUAGCCGUUAACAUAUUAACUUAAUAUAAAUAUAAAUAUAAAUAUUUACUAUCAAAAAUAAAAUAUAAUAUAAAUACAAAUAUUUAUAUUUUAUGGUUUUGUUUUCUGAUAUUCCUAUUAGUAUAUUAUAUACUAUCCCCUUCGUCCUUUUUUUACAUGUUUGUUUUCAAAAAAUUACGCAUCUUAUGAAAAACUUAGUUGAGUGUUUGGUUUUCUUGUCUACCAGAACUCCUAAUAAAUACACUGAAUUAAAUUGAUAUAUGUGUAUAUGUGUGAUAGUCAAACAUCGAAGAAACCAAUUUAUGGAGCACACGUGAACAUAAAUAUAUAUAUAAGGCACCGCUUGGCAAGUGAAUUUCGGUUUGGGUUCAGUUUCUAAAUUUUCAAAACUGAAAAAUUUGGUUCGGUUUGGGUUAUGCUCCAAAACCGCCUCAACUAAACCAUGCUCAGCCCCUCCCUACUGUCAAAUAUUAAUCAGUUCCUAAGACAAAGGUUAAAAUCAUCAGUAUUAGCAAAAAGAUGGUAUCCUUGUUCAAGUUAAUACUCUAUCUAAGUUAUGAAAACGACGACCAAAUGUUUUUUUUUUUUUAUUGUAAACGAAUUUAAGAGUUUCGAAGAAAUGACUUUGAGAUGUAACUGUAGCUUUCAUGAUUUGCAGAAUCAAUGUUAAGUAGUCUCAUACUCAGCUUGCUUGCACACAAAUACAUUUAAUUAUAUUCUAUAUAGCAAGACCACAAUCAUGAGACAAAUGCACAAACAAAAGAUUCAUUACAUUAUGUAUACAAGCUUAAUGAUGCUACAAAAUGAAUCAGCGGUGAGUAUCUUGGUGUGAGGAGUCUGAUUCAGUACUUCUUAAAGUAAAUGAUCUUUCUAUAAUAGAUUCCAGUAUGGGUUUCCAGCUGCGGGGAGAAUGAUCACCCACCUGCUGCUGCUGCUGCUUCAUAAGUAAACUAUCACAGCUAGUAUGAUCAUAAUUAUAGAACAGAUGCUUGUUAUCGUUACUAUUACCAUCAGUGAUGGACAACGUGGUGUUGAACCUUGGUGGCACAUACCUGUCCGCGUAAGGAUUUGGUUUCAGUUUGUUCUGCUGCAUCCCUGCUGCUGCAGUAUUAGUGUCUGCAGCUUGUUCUGUGGUGUUAUUAUUGUUGUUGAAAGAUGAAGAAGAGGGAUUCGGAGGCUUGAACGGCUUUUGGGCGGCGCUAGUGAGGCGUUUGUAGAUAGUAGCCAGGUCUAUGGGAGACAUCUCCGCCUGGAAUAUGGAGUGUGGCAACAAGAAG